CUGUCUAGAGAUGAUGAUGGUCAUAUGAUGCGCUGUUGUUGUGUUCCACUGCCUUUGAAAACAGAAGAGUCGUUUUAACGGUACUCUUAUAUUCAUAAAGCACAACAUUUUUAGGACAAACCAACACAGGAAGGAAUUCAUCUUCAUCUGACAAAAGGUACAAUGACUGCUGAAGUACUGGAACAAUAUCGACAGAAAAUUCAGACGGAGUUGGAUAAAGUUGUGGACUUCUGGCUUAAACAUUCCCAUGACAAACAAUAUGGUGGAUUUUUCACAUGCCUUGGUAAAGAUGGAAAGGUCUAUGAUGAUCUGAAAUACGUCUGGUUACAAGGUAGACAGGUAUGGAUGUAUAGCAGGUUAUAUCGUACAAUGGAGAGAUAUCGCAGACCUGAGAUUCUCGAAGCUGCCAAAUUAGGUGGGGCGUUUUUGCAAAAGUUUGCUCGAGUUGAGGCGUCCAGUGGCCCGGGUAAAUGUGCAUUCUGUCUGACAAGAGACGGCCGAGCAGUGAAAGUUCAAAGGACGAUUUUCAGCGAGUGUUUUUAUGUCAUGGCAAUGGAUGAACUGUCUAGAAUAACACACGACAAAGAGAUGCAGGCAGAUGCAGAGAGGAUGAUGGAUCAGUUGAUAAACUGGGUCCGUGUCGAUUCGUCAGGUCUUGGUCGUCCUAAGCUUCCUGGUGAUCGUCCUGUCAACAGUAUGGCAGUUCCCAUGAUGCUCUUGUGCCUGGUGGAUCAGCUGACAGAAGGCAGAACCGAGGUUGAAAAGUUGACAGAACUGAGUGCCUGGUGUGUGGAGCAGAUACUACAGCAUAUACAGAGAGACGGAAAAGCCAUUUUAGAAAAUGUCACAUUGGAUGGACAGGAACUGCCUGGCUGUCAAGGGCGGCUGCAGAAUCCUGGUCAUGCUUUGGAGGCCGGUUGGUUCUUGCUGCAGUACGCACAUGCAAAAGGAGAUGCGCAGCUUCAGACGAUCGCGGUGGAGAAAUUCAUGGAUGUCCCAUUCAACGCUGGGUGGGACAAACAGCAUGGCGGUCUUUUCUACUUCCUGGAUGUUGAUGGUCAUUGUCCUACUCAGUUAGAAUGGAAUAUGAAGCUGUGGUGGCCUCACUGUGAAGCUUUGAUCGCUUAUCUGAUGGCCUACAGUUACAGGAAAGAGCCCAGGCUAUUGGACCAAUUUAAGCAGAUUUAUGACUACACAUUCAGUCAUUUUUCUGAUGAAGAACAUGGUGAGUGGUUUGGAUAUCUGAGUCGUCAGGGAGAUGUGGUGUUGGAUUUUAAAGGAGGACCCUUUAAAGGGUUCUUCCACGUUCCCCGGUGUCUCUACAUGUGCGAGAAGCUUUUGGAUGGACUUCUUGAUGGUCAGGGUUCCUCUUCCUGAACAGCUGGUUGUUUUUUAACACAUACACUCCAUGCAAGAGGAAGCAUCACUGAAGCCCUUACAUUUAAUUGGUCAGAAUGACAAGAUGGCGAUAAUUUUAAACAUUUCAAAUAUAUGUAUUAGUAAAAUCAGACCAAUUGCUGCUAUAGCAUGUCAGUUCAGAUUUCAGCAAUGUAAAAUGCUCUUAAAUUUAUAUUACACCAUGGCCUGGUUUCACAGACAAGGCUUAGCUAAAGCCACGACCGUGCCUUAGUUAAAGGAAAACACCACCAUUUUUCAAUAUUUUACUAUGUUCUUACCUCAACUUAGAAGAAUUAAUAAAUACCUAUUUUUUUCAAU